CAACUAUUUUGUGAUAACCCCCCUCCAUAAAACCACAGCCUUAACAAGGUUAAAGGCCAUAACGAACAAUUUUAUUAGAACUCAAAUCUAUUUAAAAAUGGCGGGUCAAAGCGCGCCAAGACAAGCCAGAGUCUGUGAAAAGGCAGACAUAAGAGCAUAGGAAGCAGGGUUUUAACAGAAUGCAUUACCCCUGCUAUCAUCCUAAAUGAUGGCAUUGAAGCAAAGUGAAAUCACUUCUUUCUUAAAACCUUCUGGGCGCAGUUCAGUUUUUUCAUCAGAGCACACCUGUUUUCCUGAAGGGGCGGGGGUUUCAACUUCAACAUUCGAUUCGUCGAAGAUUUCCGUUACUUAUCACAGACGUACUGCAAAGCCUGCUGAAAACAGGAACGAUGGAAUAGACUUUGAGACAAGCAUUUUAUCCAAGGAGGACACUUUUGCUAAAGAUCCUAUCAAGGAUGCAAACAAUCAGGAGUCUAUAGAGUUGAGCUUGGCCGUUACACAUUCUAGACCUACAGUUGUCUUGGAGACUCCAAGAAAGGAAGUUUAUCUAGAGAAGAAACCAGGCCAGAAAAGAGUAUCUGGCCAGUACUUUCUGGAGUUGGGUCAGCCUGAUUUCUUUCUCUCUACUUGUAUUGUUUGUGGGCUUCAAUAUUCCCGGGGAGAUGAUGAGGAUGAAAAGGUUCACAAGUCCUUUCAUAGAAAGCAUCUUCAGGGAGUUCAGUUUAAGGGUUGGCAUAAUGAACGAAUUGUCAACCUGUUUGAUGGCGAUGAUCGUAUCAUUUUGGUCUUGAACAGUGAUCCUUCUCAUCAUCAGCACAAAGUGCAGGAAGUUGUAGCAAUAAUGGAAAAAGAAAUGGGCCUCACUAAGGAAUGGCUUCUUCACAGAUUUUGUAAGGUUUAUCUGUUUAUAUCCUCUAAGAAAAUCAUUGGUUGUCUUGUAUCCGAACCUAUCAAUUAUGGAUAUAGAACUGUUCCAGAAAAAUCUCUCACAAAUUCCAAAGAAAAACAUUGUAAUAUAGUUGAUGGCACUCCCAAAGAAAUCUCUGAUGAUUUUAAGGAUGAAAGCACCUUGACAACCACUUCUGCAAGUCCUAAUGUUUCAUAUACAAAAAAUGAAAAUCAGAAAAUAAUAGACAAUGAGAAUGAUGCCAAGAGAAGAAAGCACACUUGUACGGUGAUGCAGUUUGGAAAUAUUAAGUUUGAAAGAAAAACCUUUAAGAAUACACGGGCAACUAGAGAUAGCAGUAUCAGUGAGAAAGAUCAAAGAGGAGCAAUUGUUUGUAGUGAGGUUCCAGAACCGGCAGUUUGUGGAGUGAGAGGAAUAUGGGUUUCACGGUCAGAAAGGAGGAAGGGAAUUGCUACAAAGCUUCUGGAUACCAUGCGGAGAACAUUCUCUCUGGGAUAUGUCUUGGAGCCUUGCAAAUGUGCUUUCUCUCAACCGACAUUUGAUGGAAAAGCUUUUGCAGCCAAUUACUGCAAAACCGACUUAUUUCUGAUUUAUAAAACAGGCAUCAAUGAAACCUAACUUGUUCUCAUUGUCAUAAUCUUGAAAUAGGCCAGGUUCUCAAUAUGUGAGAUUACUUAGAAGAUAACAGGGAAAGUAUGUGGUUAUAUCAUGGUCUGUCUUAAUCCUCGAAGCUAGUUGGCAUGAGGCUAUUUUUGUCGGUUGUAUAGAUAGUAAGGAACUUCAAAACUAUAAACGUAUUGUUCCUUUAUUCUUUGGAAAUAGGACAUUGUUGCUAAAUAUUUCAACAAUGAUUAAAAUCUAGAAUAUCAACAAUGCGAGGUAAUGCAAAUGAUACCCAGGUCUUAUUUUCUGAGUGUCUUUUUCUAAAACAUUGAGAGCCCAUCUUGUUUUGUCCAUUAUGACCUCUAUAAAUAUCUUUAUCUUU